AUGUCGACAGGUCACACCCAUUCCCACGACAACGGACUGUCGCACUCACACGGUGGCAACGAUGAUUUUGGUGGCCAUGGCCAUUCUCAUGAAAUCUAUGGUGGUCCAGGUUCGUAUAUAAAUCGCGAGCAGCCGCUUUCUCACCAUGAAGGAAGGGAUUGGAAGGAUCGAGCUUUCACAAUUGGUAUCGGAGGACCAGUUGGAUCCGGCAAAACAGCACUGAUGCUGAAGCUCUGCCUCGCAUUGAGAGAUCAAUACAACAUUGCAGCAGUAACCAAUGACAUUUUCACGAAAGAAGAUGCCGAAUUCUUAACGCGCAACAAAGCGCUCGCCCCCGAACGCAUCUCUGCCAUCGAAACUGGAGGCUGCCCUCACGCCGCCGUCCGUGAAGACAUCAGCGCAAACCUGCUCGCCCUGCAGACCCUCCAACGCAAAUUCAACACCGACUUACUACUCAUUGAAUCCGGUGGCGACAAUCUCGCCGCAAACUAUUCCCGCGAACUAGCCGAUUUCAUAAUCUAUGUAAUCGACGUCGCCGGUGGAGAUAAAGUGCCUCGAAAAGGUGGUCCGGGCAUCACGGGCAGUGAUUUGUUGGUUAUUAACAAGAUUGAUUUGGCGGAGGCUGUGGGUGCAGACCUAAGUGUUAUGGAGCGGGAUGCAGGUAAGAUUCGAGAGGGGGGUCCAACGGUGUUUGGGUCUGUGAAGCAUGGGAAUGGAGUGGAUCACAUUGUAAAUUUGAUUAUUAGUUCGUGGAAAGCGAGUGGUGCGUAUGACACGAGUUUGGAGAGGUGGAAUAAUGGUGCGCCGAGGAACUCGGGGAGUGUUUGA